AAAACAAGUGCCGCGACAGUUUUGUCAUCAUUCAUCCUCAGUAAUGUCUGAGUUGACUCAAUAAAGUGCUUAAAUUAGUUCUGCACAGGUACAUUUGUCGGGUUUCCGUUUUUGAUAUUCACAUUGUUUCGCGUGCGUUUUGGCAUCUAACAUGGGAGUGCAUGGACUCUGGAGGCUGCUGGAGAGUACAGGGAAACCCGUCAACCCCGAGACUCUGGAGGGGAAGAUCCUGGCCGUUGACAUCAGCAUAUGGCUUAACCAGGCCGUCAAGGGGGUGAGGGACCGUGAAGGCAACAGCGUCCAGAACGCGCACCUGCUCACCCUCUUCCACCGCGUCUGUAAGCUGCUCUUCUUCCGCAUCAGGCCGAUCUUCGUGUUUGACGGGGACGCGCCGCUGCUGAAGAAACAGACCCUGGCUGUGAGGAGGCAGAGGAAGGAGGACUUGAGCCGGGAGUCCAAACAGACCAACGAGAAACUCCUGAAGACAUUCCUGAAGAGACAGGCUAUAAAAGCUGCACUUGGGGACCACAGUAAGGAUCCUCUCCCCAGCCUCUCCACUGUGAGGAGAGAUGAGGUUGAUGACAUAUAUGUUCUACCAGCCCUGCCAGCUGCAGAGGAGAAGGCCAGAAGCAGUUCAGAGGAGGAGGAGGAAGAGAGAGAGUUGGAGGAGACGGAUGACGGUAAUCACAUGUAUCAGGGUGAAUUGUAUGGAGACCCCAACUCAGUGGACAUCAACUCAGAGGAGUUUGCCAGCCUGCCUCCUGAAAUGAAACACGAAAUACUCAAAGAGAUGAAAGAGUUUUCCAAAAGACGCAGGACCAUGUACCACAAACCCCCACAGCGUUCAGGAGACUUUUCCCAGUACCAGUUGGCCGGCCUGCUGCAGAGGAACCAGCUGAACCAACAUCUGAAGGGUGUGGAGAAAGAGAUGAGUCAGCGGAGCGCCGGCAGUGCUCUACAGCUCUGCCAACAGGACGGGGACGAGCAGAGUCACAGUGUAGAGUCACGCCGGCUGGUUUCAGAGGACUAUUCCCACUAUAUCCUUAUUAAUAAAGGCUCCAAAAAGAGUGAAGCUGCCCCUGAGAGCCGUCCGGCAGUUGCCGCCUGGUCCGGGAGCUCCCUGGCAGGCGGCAGCAGACAAGACAGACCCGAGCCCCUGUGGCGUCCUGCCUGUGAGGGAAAGGCACAAGUGGCGGGUCCCUCCUCAGAACCCUCCAGGCCCUUGGUGUCGAAACCGACACGGGGGGACGCAUCACCACCCUCCCCUCGGACUCUUAAAGCGAUCCGGGCUGCAAUGAACGACAGCUCGGAGGAGGAGACGCUGGAGCAGGACAAGAAAGAUGGUAGCGUGUCCCCGCGUACCCUGCUGGCCAUCCAACAAGCUCUCGCUGAGGAGGAAGACAGCCCAAGCACUAAAAUGAAGGCCAAAACAACCCACGCUGUGCCACAAGUGGUCAUCAGCUGCUCAGAGGAAGAGGGAGAACCUGAUGUUGUGAACUCUCUGCCUCAUGAAAAAUCUGAUUUUAAGGAGAACCCUGCAGUCCAACGUUUACAGGCGGAAGAUGGUUUGUUCACUAGUAGUUCCGAAGAUGAGACGGAGUGCACGGUGGGUCGGAGAGAUGAAGCACUUUGCUUUGCAGCGCCGCAAAAAACUCAAAUGAAGUCAGAAACGGAGACAAAACAAAGAGAUUUGGCGGAGGACAUAGGGCUGGGAAAUAGAGGACAGACGGAGAAACACAAAGAGCUGAUCACAAAGACAAACGCUGUGGCUGCUUUCAAUCGAAACACAUUAUCCACCAAUCUCCGUGCUCAGCCAUGUGCGGAGACCGAAAUGCAUCCUGGGCCAUUGAAGCAGAGGAGCGACGAGGUGACCGACGCUCUGGAGGAGAGGAGCGGAGACGAUGUGAAGUCCGAGGGCGGUGAGAAGAGCGAGUCAGGAGAGAGCUUCAUCGAGGUGUCGGACGAAGAAUUUCUCGAGGAGGGUGCAGAGGAUUCACUUCCAAUGGAUGGGAUGAAAGGAUCUCCCAGUGAGGUCCAUAAAGAGGAGAACAAGCAGGAAGAUGGUUUGAAAAAGGCUUCUGGUAGUCCGGCCGCUGAUUCUGUAGAGAAGGAGGAUGAGGAGGAGGAGGAGCAGGAGGAUGACGAUGUCGACGACGAGGAGGACGAUGACAAAAAGAGACAGACUGAGGAGAAAGACUCAAAGGAGGGAACAGAGACCGAAUCCAGCUCAACGCCGGCGGUAAAUGAAUGGGAACACUUUGACAUGGAUGAGCUGGAGGCUCUGGAGAGCUCUCUGCAGGCGGAGCAGAGCAGCCUGCGGGGGCUGAAGCAGCAGCAGGAGAGGAUGGCCAACACCGUCACUGGGCAGAUGCACCUGGAGAGCCAGGAGCUGCUGCGGCUGUUCGGUGUGCCGUUCCUGGUGGCGCCGACGGAGGCCGAGGCUCAGUGUGCAGCACUCGACCGCGCAGACCACACUCACGGGACCAUCACGGACGACUCUGACGUGUGGCUGUUUGGAGGGAGACACGUCUACCGGAACUUCUUCAGCCAGAACAAACAUGUUGAACACUACCAGUUCAGUGACAUGCAGAACCAACUGGGUCUGGACCGGACUAAACUGAUCAACCUGGCUUACCUGCUGGGAAGUGACUACACAGAGGGCGUGCCGGGGGUCGGAUAUGUGACUGGCAUGGAGAUACUGAAUGAGUUCCCAGGGUCGGGCCUGGAGCCGCUCACACAGUUCAGGGAAUGGUGGUCAGAGGUUCAGGAGAAGAAGCGCCUAGUGGCCGACCCUCGGGAUACGAAGGUCAAGAAGAAAUUGAGGGACCUAAAACUGUAUCCUGGGUUCCCGAACCCUGCGGUGGCUCAGGCUUACCUGCAACCUGCCGUGGACCAGUCAGACAAUGUCUUCAGCUGGGGGCGUCCACAACUCGACAAGAUCCAAGAAUAUCCUUUCCGUGUGUAUUUGUGUGUGUUUGUGUGCAUAUUCAUGAUAAUGUUACGUUUCGUGAACCAGUCGUUUACAUUCUGCAUGAGUCGUUUCGGCUGGAGCAGUCGGAGGACAGAGGAGACGCUUCAGCCCGUGAUCAAGCAGCUCAACUCCCAGCAGACUCAGUUUCGGAUCGACUCGUUCUUCCGCUUGGAGCAACAGGAGAAGCAGGCGAUCCACAGCCAGCGACUGCUCAGAGCCGUCACCUGCUUGAAGAGGAAGGAGAGAAAAGGAGGAGAUGAGGAAGAGGAGGACGGUGACGAGGAAAGGCCCUCCCCAGCCAAAACUAAGAAAGGAAAGGCAGCAAGCAAGAGUCCGAAGAAAGGAGGAGGAGGAGGAAGAGGAGGAGGAGGAGAGAGAGAAGAGGAGAGGUCUGUGGCAGGAGGAGGGUUUCUGGGGUCGGAGGUCAUUGUUGAAUCUCCUCUUCCACGUCUGAAGGAAGUGAGCAGCACCAGCCAGGAGUCUGUCUCAGCGAAGGCUUCCCCCCGGUCUACUAAGACUGUACCUCAGCGGGCAAAGAGGAGCUGCACCAGCUCUAGUGGAGAUAGCGACGAUGGCGGGGAAGUUGCUAUGGUUACAGCCCGACCCGUCUUCGACAGCAGCCAACGAGGCCGUGGAGCGAAAAGCACGCGAGGGAGCGGAAGCAAGAGAGGAAGAGGAAGGGGGAAGAAGUUGUGACUGGAUGCCAAACAGAAACAGUUGUGUUGUAAAACAUAUCACACACUCCCAAAUCAUGUCUGUGAUAUUAUGUUUGAUAUUUACAAAGGAAAUGGGGAAAGAAUCAUGUAAUGAAUGGAGCUUUUUUCUCUAUUAUACAAUAUAUUUGUUUUCAACUGACAUGACUGAAAAUACUUCUUCAUAUGUUUAGAGAUUUAUGACGUAUGAGAAUAUUUUUGCAUUAAAUCUUUGACCGCAAA